CUCCUCUUAUGGAAAUCCCAAGAUAUUGACAAUGCAACCGAAUUUGAUGUGUUCUUCCACUUCGAGGAUAAGCUCUCACCAAAACCUCAAACUUAUUUCCAUCAAAUUCAAUCAAAGAUUUCUCUUCAACCACCAAAUCUAAUUCACUCAAAUCCUUACAGGCUUCUUUUCCGUUUACUGAUAACACUUCAAAUAAAGUUUCCAUGUCUUUAAUGGAAGAUCCACCGGGCAGCAGCCUACCCACGUCCCGGGCAGCAUAGACACGCCAAGCUCCAAACUUUGAUCGACCAUGGCCUGACUUAAUGGUGAUCUUUUUCCAAUUUGGUGCCUGCCCGACACAGAAAGCAAUGUAGGUUUUUCUGACCUUAUGAUCCGUGAAAGCUUUCACCAGUUUUGCAGCUACUUUAUGUGAUUUGGUGAUUAAUAUGACGCCACUUGUAUCACGAUCUAGUCUGUUUGCAAGAUGGAGCUCAUGCUUCUUUGGUUGGGUACCUAUGAACGCACACAUAUCAUAAUUUCCAUCAUUAAUGUUCUUUCAAGAACUUAGGGUUAUUCGGUUUGAUCCCAGAUCACUAAAAUGGUCAAAUUUGUAAGAAUUCGUAUCAAAUUCGAAAGCUUAAAAGUAAAAUGAAGGAAGGAUAACUUGAAACAACUAUGAAAAGAAGCUCACCGAGUUCUUCUGGCUCAUUUGAAGAAUCGUUGAGUAGACUCGGGACAGAAGCUAAAAUAGUCUCGCAGUAAACCCCCUGGGGUUUAUUCAAGGCGAUGAGCCACUCGUCUUCGAAGAGGACAUCACUUCUAGAGAGAGAAAAGAGGCUUGAUUUAGAAGAAGCUGACAUGGCUCUCCUCAGCUCGAGGUCCUUAGAUAUGGCUGGCAAUGACGGGGAGAGUGGCACUGGGUAAUUCUCUAAAUAUUUGGGGUCUUUAUCCCAAUCGGUUUUCUGGGAAUCGCAUCGGUGUUGGUCCGCCAUGAAUAGAGAUCGAAAGACGGCGGUGGAAUUUGGGGAGAUGGAAGGAGGACGGAGGUUGAUUGAGGGCAGAGGAAAGCGAAAGAGCAUCAUGGUUAUUGGCUUAAAGCAUUCAACAUGACACAAGGGGUAAAUUGAUAUUCUUUUAACUAAAUGGGAGCUAUUUGAAACUAAGGGCCUACAUAAAGUAUAAACCCUGUUCUUUCAUGAUUUUGGGGUUUUUGCGAACUUGAAGAAAGCUUCAAAUCUGAGGCCAGAUCGUUCACAAAAACCACGAAUUAUGUCAUCAAACAUACUAAGAAAGGCGUAUAAUAAAAGAUCAUCUUCCAUUAUAUCUCGCUACCAGUCAAUUUCCAAGUUUUUCCUCUCUUCUUCUAAUCCCCAAAUUCAAUCCACCAAUUUCUACUCUUCCAUCGAUAAACCACAACAUCAUGCCUCCAAGUUUGAAUUUCUAUCGAAGAAUGCAUCUGGGGUUUCUUUAACUUCCAAUAAAAGAUUGAAUUUCUCAUGUGGGUGUAGCUUGAACAAUACACGGCUGUUGUUCAGUACUCAAGCAGCUGUCCAGCCGUCCACCGCCGAUGGACUUACAGUAGACGCCAUUGUCGCUAACCAGUGGACGAUUCUUGAUGAGAGUGAGAGUGACUGGAAGAGUCAUGCAUCUGCAAUUGCUCAAUCCAUUCGCCUUAUCAAGAAACGGUUGCAGUGGGAGAAGUUAAAAGUAAGAUUGGAGAUGCUAUCGUUUCAAUUAGAAAAGCCUGAUUUAUGGGAUGAUCCUGUUCAUGCUGGGAAAAUAAGCCGUGAACAUGGGUCACUCAUGGGUAAAAUGAAGUUAGUUAAUGGACUUGAGCAAGAAUUAAUCGAGCAUAUUGACAUGAUCAAGCUGGCUCGUGAAGAAGAAGAUCAUGAUUUGGAAUCUGAAUCGGUAAAAGCAUUAUUGAGGAUGAGACAAAGUGUGAAAGAAAAGGAGCUUGAAGCUUUGCUAGCUGGGGAACAUGAUUCUUGUUCUUGUUAUAUAGAGGUUCAAGCGGGGGCAGGUGGGACCGAGAGCAUGGAUUGGGCGGGUAUGGUGAUGCAAAUGUAUAAAAUGUGGGCUGAACGCCGUGGAUAUGGAGUUACAGUUGUGGAUGAAAUGCGUGGUGAGAUUGCAGGAAUUAAGCGGGCAACAAUCAAAGUAGAUGGUGAAUACGCGUACGGAUACGCAAAAGCCGAAGUUGGGGCCCACCGUUUAGUUCGUAUCUCACCAUUCGAUGCCGCCAAGCGCCGCCACACUUCCUUCGCCGCCGUGGCGGUGACACCCAUUUUAGGUGACGGAUCUCACCAUGUUCAGAUCAACGAAUCAGAUCUCAGAAUAGAAAGAUACCGAUCCGGUGGAGCCGGAGGCCAACAUGCCAAUGUCACAGACAGUGCUGUAAGGAUAACUCACAUACCUACCGGAAUCACCGCCGCCUGCCAAAACGAAAGGUCGCAACACCAGAACAAGGCCUCGGCAAUGGCGGUGCUACAAUCGCGAUUGGAUCAACGUGAGAUGGCUCGCCAGGCGCAAAUGAAUUCACAAUAUACGCAGUCUUUAACGGAUAAUAGUUGGGGAAAUCAAAUACGAUCUUAUGUACUACAUCCUUAUCGAAUGGUGAAGGAUCUUCGGACGAAUUUUGAGGUUUCUGACACUGAUUCAGUACUUGAAGGUGAAAUUGAUGACUUCAUCUUGAGCUUUCUAACAGACUACAUGGAUAAAGAAAACGAGAGAUAUGGUUGCUUCUCAUGGCCAAAGUUGGUAAUUGAUUUGACUCAAGUCAAAUGGUGCUUGCCUUUUAGGAAUACUGGGUUAAAUUGCAUUUGAUAUGGACAUUGAAGCUAUUGUUGCCAAAAUAUUGGGCUAAAAUUUGUUUUGAAGAGAUCAAAUUGAGGUGGAUCUUGUGAAAUCGUAUCUUUUUCCUUGUCGCAGCUUGAACUCAUUUUUUUUUUUUUUUUGGUAACAUUGUCGUGUCUUCGAUCUUGUGGUGAUGGAAACAUUUUUAAGUGAAAAUAAUGGCACAGAAAUGAAGAGUAUAGAAGAUUGUGGAAAAUAUCGGUGUGAAAAU